ACACCACUACAAAAGACCAGUGGCAAUGGAAAGAGAAUAGCUCGACCGGGAAUCAACACAGCAGAGGCUAUAAUACCGCAGGCAGAUGCGAUGCGACGAUGAUGCCAUCUUCAUCAAAGAGAAUGGAAGGGGGAAAGGAUAAGCAUGACGAAUCUGAUAAAGGAUUGUUUUCGAACUUAGCGCAUGGACUUAUUGGAGGACAUGGAAACCAUGGGGGAUAUCCUCCACCACCCGGGGCAUACCCACCUCCUGGAGCAUAUGCUCCACACGGAUAUCCUCCCGCACCCGGCGCAUACCUACCUCCUGGGGCAUAUGCACCACAUGGAUAUCCUCCCACGUCCAGCACAUAUCCUCCGCAUGGCUAUCCUCAUCAGGGAUAUCCACCUCAUGGUUAUCCACCUUCGGGAUAUCUACCUACCGCUUACCCUGGUCCAUCGGCUCCGUCGCAUCAUGGACAUGGAUCUAAAAUGGGAGCGUUGCUGGCAGGGGGAGCUGCUGCUGCUGCAGCAGCUUACGGUGCUUACCAAUUGAUGCACGGCCAUCAUCAGACGGGACAUGGAAUGCCCCACUUUGGCCAGCAUGGCAAGUUCAAGCAUGGGAUGUUCGGUGGGAAACACGGUAGAUUUGGUGGCAAGUUCAAGAAGUGGAAGUGA